AGAAAAUGUCUGUGAUUAAAGUAGCGGUUAUACUAUGGAAUAUUUUCCAUAUAGUACAAAGCAAUGAUUUAAAUAUCGUAUUUUGGGUAGAAUCUGUUCAAAGGGAUAUAUACUCCGAUAUUGCGGCCGCUUUGAAGGAAGUUGAUAAUUUACAUUUAGAGUCGGAAAUAACGGAUGCGGUUAUGGUUGUGGAAUCAAUGGAAGGAGAUGAUGCGGAUGAAGUCAAUAAUAGAAAUAUGAAAACUUUUUGCGAUAUUCUAUCAACUUUGGAAGUAUCGAUUAUUUUGGAUUUUACCUAUCAUCCCUGGAAUCAGGGUAUGGAAUAUGUUCAAGCCCGUAAUAUACCCUAUUUACGAGUGGAUCGUAUGCUUAAACCAUUCCUACAUGUUUUUAGUGAAUUUCUACAACAAAAGGGCGGCAAUGAUGUAGUAUUAAUUACACAAAACGAACAGGAUAGAACGGAGGCUCUGCUGCAAGUGGUAGAGGGUUAUCCAUUCCGAACUCUGAUAAUGAAUGCCGCCGAUAGUAAUGUGGAUAUUGUACAACGUUUAAAGGAUUUACGACCGAGUCCAUCGUAUUAUGCAAUUUUUGCUAAGGGUACAAAUAUGAAUACAAUUUAUGAGAAGCUCUCCGCCGGUAAUGUAUUUUUGCGUAAUCCCGAAUGGCAUUUAAUCUAUUUGGAUACCAAGGAUAGAGUAUUCAAAUAUAAAAAACAAGUGGAAAAAGCCAAUAAAUUUGGUUUAAAUCCCAGAUCCAUUUGCCGGUCCAUGCAAAUGAAAGAUGCCUAUUGUUUAAGUGGUUUUACACUGCAAAGAGCUUUACUCUUGGACAUUUUCCGCAGUUUAAUUGAUAUUAGACAAUCGAAUUUAGAUUGGCUGAAACCUUUGAACGUUGAGUGUAAUGCCACCACCAGCGAGGAAACGGAUCAGUUUGUUCCUCCGAACUUUGAUAUUUUAGAUCAUUUUAGUGUUACUAAUUUUAUGACUUUUGCUACUACAAAUCCCGCCAAUCAAUUUGAUGAUGAAGUUGAUGUAAUACCGCCUUUAACAUUUAAUGUAAAUAUGACCAUAACUUUCUAUUCGAGUGAACAUGAUGCCGUUACCGAUUUAGCUAAUUGGCAAAAUGGGGAAUUGAAGAAAUUAAUACCAGCUAUACCGCCGGCUAAGAGAUUCUUCCGGAUAGGGACAACAGAGGCCAUUCCCUGGAGCUAUUAUCGUCGCGAUGAAAAAACUGGCGAAAAGAUUUUAGACUCUAAUGGCAAACCCCUUUGGGAGGGAUUUUGCAUCGAUUUCAUUGAAACCCUGGCGGAAAAAUUAAACUUUGAAUAUGAGCUUAUAGAUCCGGUAAAGGGAAAAUUUGGUAAACGUGAUCCGGACACUGGAACUUGGGAUGGUAUUGUGGGAGAUUUGGUUAGUGGUGAAACAGAUAUGGCGAUAACCGCUUUGAAAAUGUAUUCGGAACGAGAGGAAGUUAUUGAUUUUAUUGCACCGUAUUUUGAACAAACUGGCAUAUCGAUUGUAAUGCGUAAUCCGGUAAGGCAAACUUCACUAUUCAAAUUUAUGACCGUCCUAAGAGUGGAGGUAUGGAUGAGUAUUAUUGCUGCACUGGUGGCUACUGCUGUUAUGAUUUGGGUAAUGGAUAAAUAUUCACCGUAUAGUUCGAGAAAUAAUAAGGAUGCUUAUCCGUAUCCGUGCAGAGAAUUUACUUUGCGUGAAAGUUUCUGGUUUGCUCUGACCUCGUUUACACCGCAGGGAGGUGGUGAAGCACCCAAAGCGGUAUCUGGACGCAUAUUAGUGGCCGCCUAUUGGCUGUUUGUGGUCUUAAUGUUGGCUACAUUUACAGCAAAUUUGGCUGCCUUUUUAACCGUGGAAAGAAUGCAGACUCCAGUACAAUCUCUAGAACAAUUAGCUAGACAGUCGCGUAUAAAUUACACGGUGGUAGAUGGUUCCGAUACACAUCAAUAUUUUAUAAAUAUGAAAUUUGCCGAAGACACACUCUAUCGCAUGUGGAAGGAGUUGGCACUAAAUGCUUCAAGAGAUUUCCAUAAAUUUCGCAUUUGGGAUUAUCCUAUAAAGGAGCAAUAUGGUCAUAUAUUAUUAGCUAUAAAUAGCUCUAUGCCAGUUAAAGAUACCGAGGAGGGUUUUCGAAAAGUUAAUGAACAUAUAAAUGCUGAUUUUGCCUUUAUACAUGAUUCAUCGGAAAUUAAAUAUGAAAUUACCAGAAAUUGUAAUCUAACCGAGGUGGGCGAAGUAUUUGCCGAACAACCUUAUGCCAUAGCAGUGCAGCAGGGUUCACAUUUAUCGAGCGAAUUAAGCUAUGCUUUAUUGGAAUUACAAAAGGAUCGCUAUUUCGAGGAGUUGAAGGCAAAAUAUUGGAAUCAUACUCGUGCCAAUUGUCCUUUAUCGGAGGAACAAGAAGGCAUUACUUUGGAAAGUUUGGGUGGUGUCUUUAUAGCCACACUGUUUGGUUUGGGUUUGGCUAUGGUUACUUUGGCUUUGGAGGUGUUUUACUAUAAGAAAAAAUUACCCAAAACUUCUGUUAAGGGUUCAGUGACACAAGUUAAACCUUUGGAUGCGUCUCUAAAGGCAUCCGAAGUUUGGCAUACGGAGAAGAAAAAUCCCACGCCACCUCCGUCAUUUGAAACGGCUACAUUUAGGGGUCGCAAAAUACCCGAUAGCAUUACAAUGGGUUCAGAAUUUAAACCAAGACGUUUGGGUUUGUCUACACGUCGUCGUUUGGAUAGUACUGAUACCUUAAAGGAUAGCAGUGAAUUACCGGCUUAUGUGGAAUAGAUGGAAAUUCAAUUAAAUUUAUUA